UUCCUUCUUCUUCAUUUCUCAGUACCGUUUCACGACUUUUUGAGUCACCAUCAGUCAUUCAGUAAUUUUCGUGACCCGAAAACCCCAUAUUUACCGUUUUUCCUACAAUCCAUACUUCAUUAAACACCAAAAUGAUCUUAAAACUUAAAAAAGCUCAUACUCUAUAAGCGUUUUAACAUCAAAGUGAAUUCGAUUAAAAGUGGGUGGUCUUGAUCAACAAAAAGGAAGAUUGCAAAGAUAGAAGUUUUGAACUCAAUACUCAACAAAAUAGGAAUAAAAGAAGAGAAGUAUGCCUUGUUCAGCUGUCACGUUGAGUUUGGCCACGAUCACUUCGAUCGUUGCCGUUUCCCUUCUAACAAUUGCCUUCGCAACGGACAAUUGGCUUUAUGUGGACGUGAAGAGAACAAAUAUUCAGAAUUACGCAGCGAAAAGUGAAGAUAAAGUUGUUUUGGAACAAUUAACAUCAAAAUACUAUUAUUACACGAGGACGAAAGGACUUUUUAGGAUUUGUUACCCAAAGGAAAGGCCUCCGACAGUGAAAACGUAUUUGAGUCCCGUCGAAACUCAUUGUAAUAACAUCAAUUAUUAUAUUCCGGAUGAAAAUAACGAAACGAGUGGAUUAACGGAUGAUGCAUGGACAAAAUUACAUAUGGGUCGUUCGAUGAUCGCCCUAUUUAUAAUCAGUUUUCUGUCGGUUUUUGCUGCUUUUUGUACUGGGGUCGCCGGAUGUUGGCGAAGAUCGCCCGGAAAUGUUACCGCAACCGCUAUUUUGAUGCUUUUUGCGUGUCUGUUGAGCGCAGGCGCGAUGGGUUUAUGGCAUGGAGUAGAAUAUUUUGAGAAAGAAAAAGUCGUCGGAGAAGAAUUUUACCAGGAAUGGAAUCCGAUCCUUCAGGAAAACACGGACCUCACCUACGAUUGGAGUUUCAUAUUGGGUUGGCUCGGCGUGUUUACAUCAUUAGCCGCGUCAUUUUUAUUUUUAUUUAGCUCCUGUUGUUUAGCGACUGAGAAAGACCGAGACGAUCUAACAGCCAACGGAAACGUUCAAUACAUAAUGCCCGUUUAUCCACAAAAACAACAAUACGCUUAUGCUGGGUAUCCGGUUGCAGCCCCAGGUGGUUAUCCAGGACCGUAUUAUACAACAUCAUCCGGUUACGCACCUUACAAUUAUUAGAGAGAGAGAGAGAGAUUAACAAAAAUAUUUAUUUUAUUAAUUAAAAAAGCUUUUUUUUUAAUUGU